UUCUAAACCCUCCACAAGCUUCACUUGCUCCUCAACCCUACCGGCAACGUGACGUCACUCCGGCGCGCUCCUUCUUUUGCUCUCAUCUAAACCCUAUUUCAAACUUCAAGUCCGUCCCUGAACUCUCUCUCUCUCCCUCCUCGGCUUCUGAAGAAGAUUUUUUUGUGAACAACUCACAAAAUAAAGGAAGACAUUUUAAAGCUCUCUCUGCACCAAACCAUCAAACAAUUGGAGCAAUGAAAUUCUGAAAAUUUUCCCAACUCUAUUAAUCUUCUCACACUGAUAGUUCAUCUGUCUCUCUUGAUUUUCAACCCAAACUUGAAGAUAGGUGUGGUCGGUAGAGUCCAAAGAAUAUGGAAAUCGAUAGAGUGGAUGGACGCAAACCCAACCAGUUGAGACCACUUGCUUGUUCACGCAGCAUUCUCAACCGUGCCCAUGGCUCCGCCAGUUGGUGUCAAGGAGAAACAAAAGUUCUUGUUGCAGUUUAUGGACCGAAAGCUGGAACCAGGAAGAAUGAAAACCCCGAAAAGGCUUGCAUUGAAGUCUUUUGGAAGCCCAAGACGGGGCAGAUUGGGAAACCGGAAAAGGAAUAUGAGAUGAUACUGAAGAGAACUCUGCAAAGCAUCUGCCUUUUGUCUGUUAAUCCAAAUACCACAACCACAGUUAUAGUUCAGGUUGUUAAUGAUGAUGGUGCUCUUCUCCCAUGUGCCAUAAAUGCAGCCUGUGCUGCUCUUGUGGAUGCUAGUAUUCCUUUGAAGCAUCUAGCUGUUGCAAUAUGUUGCUGUCUGGCAGAAAAUGGAUUUGUUAUACUGGACCCCGACAAGCAAGAAGAACAGAAAAUGAAGGCAAUUGUCUAUUUAGUUUUCCCAAACUCGAUUCUCUGUGCCCUUCCAGAAGGAUCUUUACAGGUUGGAGGUGAACCAAUGGAACAUGGGAUUAUUACAUCUGUUACACACGGUGUAAUGCCAGUGGAUGAUUACCUUCACUGUCUACAACGAGGACGUGCUACAUGUGCAAAGUUAUCAGACUUUCUCCGGAGAAGCUUGCAGUCACAAGUCCCGAGUGACUCAUCAAAAGCUGCAUGAUAUCUAACCUAUAAUCACGAGGAGUGCAUAAUCGUCCACGGGCAGGGUAUCAGUUAAUGCCAUUUUGUUGGCAUUACUAGUUAGAUAUUGGGACAUUUAGGUAUAUGAUUCCCAUUAAAGUAGAGCCUUGUGUAAUUUUUGGAUGCUACAAGAACUUGAAUACAACUGUUGGACAGCAAAGAACUCUUGUUGGUCGCAAACCAUUUUAUUGUCUA